GGGCGGUCGCGGGCCCUUCGGCUCCGAGCUGACCCUGCGAAGGGCAGUGUUGGCUCCGCAGCGCUGCGGAGACCUCCACCCAGGACGGUUUCCCCUCCCCGGGCCUCUCCACUCUUGCCCGCGAUUCUCCUCGCCUCGUAGACUUCUCGAAUCUAAUAUCGUGGGGUGAGGUGAGAGCAGGCCCGGGGAGGGUGGUUACCGCUGAGGAGCUGCAGUCGCGAUCAAGAUGAUAGAAGUACCAACAACAACUGACUCUCAGAAACUGCUACACCAGCUGAAUGCCCUGUUGGAACAGGAGUCGAGAUGUCAGCCAAAGGUCUGCGGCUUGAGACUAAUUGAGUCUGCACACGAUAAUGGUCUUAGGAUGACUGCAAGACUGAGGGACUUUGAAGUAAAAGAUCUUCUUAGUUUAACUCAGUUCUUUGGCUUUGACACCGAGACAUUUUCUCUAGCUGUGAAUUUACUGGACAGAUUCCUGUCCAAAAUGAAGGUACAGCCCAAGCACCUUGGGUGUGUUGGACUGAGCUGCUUCUAUUUGGCUGUAAAAUCAUUAGAGGAGGAAAGGAAUGUCCCAUUGGCAACUGAUUUGAUCCGAAUAAGCCAGUAUAGAUUCACGGUUUCAGACUUGAUGAGAAUGGAAAAGAUUGUGUUGGAGAAGGUGUGUUGGAAAGUCAAAGCUACUACUGCCUUUCAAUUUCUACAACUCUAUUAUUCACUCCUUCAAGAGAGCUUGCCAUAUGAAAGGAGGAACAGCCUUAAUUUUGAAAGAUUGGAAGCUCAACUUAAGGCAUGCUACUGCAGGAUCAUAUUUUCUAAAGCAAAGCCGUCUGUGUUGGCAUUGUCUAUCAUUGCAUUGGAGAUCCAAGCACUGAAGUGUGUAGAGUUAGCAGAAGGAGCAGAAUGUCUUCAGAAACAUUCCAAGAUAAAUGGCAGAGAUUUGACUUUCUGGCAAGAGCUCGUAUCCAAGUGUUUAACUGAAUAUUCAUCAAACAAGUGUUCCAAACCAAAUGUUCAGAAGUUGAAAUGGAUUGUUUCUGGGCGUACUGCCCUGAAAUGGUCCCUUAAUUGGAUUAAUACAGCAACAACAAAACUCUUCUUUGAAGCCUUUCUCCACAAUCCUGAGCUGUGGAUUUCAUCAUGUUGUAAUGGAUUUAAGCUGUGAAGCCUCAAAACAUCACAACUAGAUUAACAUUGGUGUUUUCAGAUUUGGGGAAAUUGCCUAAUUAACAUUACCCUAUAGUGGAAUUAUCCACAUUUGAAUUCACCUGUGAAGCAUUCAAAUCAAAGCUAACAGCAUAAAUGUGAAAAGCUAAUGACAAACGUGGGAAGUUAAACUGUGAAUCGUCAUUUCUAACAUUGAUCCAACUUUCUACAUUGGGUCAUUAUAUUGUAUUUAGGUGGUGUUAAAAAUGGUAACCUACUUAAUUUAAAAUUUAAAUAAUGAGGUUUACAUCAAAACCAACAUUUCAUAAAUGCACUUUUAAGGCAUAACAAGGGUCAUUAUUCUAGGCAGUGAAAAUAGUUUCUUGGCACCUGUAAUGCAAAUAACAGAUAAUCCAGAGAUGUGGACUUUAUUGCUACAUGAGAAUUACAUUUAAAUUUCAGGGCAUUUCACAUAAAGCAAACUACAUACCUAGUAAUUUUGGCAUAUUUAAUCUUCUAGAAAACAGGUGAUGUUUGUACCCAUGAUUAAAAAAUUUUAUAUAAAAUUUACUGCCUCAAUGCAGUCCCAUCAAGAAAAUUAUUAUAGUAGUAACUCAAAAUAACAUCACUCUGAAAACUUUCUGAAAAAUUUACACUCCAGAAGUUUUUACUAGGGACUGUUUUUAUAAAACCAUCAUUGCUUCUAAUUUAGAAUUUUGCUUAGAAAGAAGCAAAAUACACUUUCACUAAUUACCCCUACUGUGCCAAAAAAGUGUUAAGUAGACAGCUUCAUAAUUAUAAGGUUGCUGAAGUAGUAUUCAGGACGUCGGUGAAUCUAAGGAGAUGUGCAGUGUUAAAGUUCUAUAAACAGUUCUUCAGUGCAAUGUAUGGCCUGCAUAUAUCCAGGAUGGCUGUACCCAACUUGGGCAUAUUAUACGUAGAUAUGCAUUGGAAAAUAAACCAAAGAGCCACAGUAUAUCUUAUGCUUUUGUAAACCAUGUUUUAUGGAUAACUUUCCAGUUUGCUCAAAAGAUUGAUAAAUUUCAAUAUUUUGAAUACAUCAGUGUUAAUUUUGAGUUGACAGAGGUAACAUAACCAACUACCAUUAUGUUUUGGUACUAAGGGAUACCUUUCAAUAAAGUUACUGAAAUGCA